AUGGUGAGGGGAAGGAGGGGGGAACGCCAGCCGCCCGCUCGGCCAGGCAGCGGCGGCGGCGACAGCAGCAGCAGCAGCAGCAGCAGCAGCCAGGCGGGCAGGCCAACAGCUCGCCGGGAGGGAGGGAGGCCAGUGUCCCAGCCCGCGCCACACCAGCCACACACAGCACUAGCAGCGCCGCGCACUACACGCCCCAUACCGGGGGAUCUCGCCCCAAACUUGCUCGAACUGUUUCUCCCCGCCUGUCUUGCCCCGCGCUGCCUAGCAUGGAAAUAAUGCAGCAACAAAGUUCCAAUCCCUUGGACAGCCGGUGGCGGGGGCACGUCCCCCUGCCUUACGCCACGGCACACAGCAUGGCUCUGCCUAAUCUGCACGACCUCAGGCAACAACAACAACAACAACAACAACAACAGCAGCAGCAGCAGCAGCAGCAGCAGCAGCAGCAGCAGCAACAACAACAACAACAACAACAACAACAACAACAACAACAACAACAACAGCGACCGCACCAUCACAUGCACCACCAACAACAGCAUCUUCCUCAGCAGCAACAACAGUUACAGCUGCAGCAACAACUACAGCAGCAACACCGACAGUUGUUAAAACAGACGCGGUCACAGCCGGCGGAAGCGGGGUCCUCGCGAGGCCAUCAUUCCCAGCCCAGCAGCUCCUCGUCGUCCUCCUCGUCCUCGAUCAGCCUCCUCUCCUCACCUCAACCUUCGCCUCACACGCCCGCGACAGGGAAGAGUGGGGGCACAAAAGAUGAAGGGGAGAAAAAGGAGGGGGGCGAAUGGGAGCCAUACAAUGCAGGAGCGGCUUUCCUUGGGCCAACUCUAUGGGACAAGACUCUCUCCUAUGACUCCGACCUUAAGUUGGAGUACAUGGACUUGGACGAAUUUUUAAAUGAAAAUGGAAUACCCAUAGAGGAGGCCAACAAGGCACUGGGGAGGGGGGCUGGCGGUGGCGGAGAUGGCGGUGGUCGUCCUAGUGCUACCAAAGGUGGCAACAAUAACAGUGGUGGUGGUGGUGACAUGACCAGUCCAGCGGCAAGUAUGAGCCCUGAGACGCCAUCCCCAUCCUCACCAGAUGGCACACCCAUGGGUCUGGGUGCCAUGCCACAGGGCCCACCACAGCCUGGACCACACCCUGCCAUGCCACAGUUGACCAACAACUCUGCCACCCCUGCGCCGCAGCCCCCUCACAGUGUGCCGCCCCCCUGCAUGUCCCCUGACGAUCACUCGUUGGAUGACUGUUGUUCACCCGACUCAGGCAGCCCCCACUCACCCGCCCUUCAGGUCCACGAAGGAGAUUCAAUUCGAGCAAGUCUGGGGCGAGAGAAAGUGCGUGGAUGCAUAAGGCUCUCCACAAAGGGCAACGCUGCUAAAGAGGAGCAGCAGAAAGGGCUGACCAUUGACUUCGAGGUGUCCCCUAACGAUUUAGCACUUGCCACAGUACCCGGCCAGGACUUUGACCCCCGAACCCGCAUGUUCACCGAGGAUGAACUCAAGCCUCAGCCCAUGAUCAAGAAAAGCCGCAAGCAGGUGAGCCUCUCACCGGACACUCAGUUUGUGCCAGCUGAACUCAAAGAUGACAAGUACUGGGCACGCCGCCGCAAGAAUAACCUGGCAGCCAAACGUUCCCGCGAUGCUCGGCGAUUGAAGGAAAACCAGAUCGCCAUGCGCGCCAACUUUCUGGAGAAGGAGAAUGAUGCGCUGACCUCCGAGCUGCAGAAGGCCCAGUCAGUGGUGGAGGCCCUCAAGAAGAGACUGGCCGUGUAUGAGGUGGUCUAGCCUCCACCACUACCACCACCACCAAAUCCACUCCACUCCAAUCCUCCCCUCCACCAGGGUGAGGCCACCACUGGUGUUCACCCCUAUUACACACACACACACACACACACACACACACACACACACACACACACACACACACACACACACACACACACACACACACACACACACACACACACACACACACACACUGGCUCUGCUGAAGGGCAAGAGCUUUCCCUGUCACUGCAACUCCCAAUCUUAUACAUUUAUAUAUAUAUAUAUAUAUAUAUAUAUAUAUAUAUAUAUAUAUAUAUAUAUAUAUAUAUAUAUAUAUAUAUAUAUAUAUAUACAAACAUCUAAAUAUUAUUAUUAUUAUUAAUAGUACCAUAUUUUAUGCUUUGUAAAUAAAGAUUUUUAUGAUAAAUGCUGAAGAGCCAUAAACUGUAGAUACAGUGUUAAGUUUACAAUGAUGAUGUUUUAAAUAAAGUGUUAUUUUCUUGCCUUGAA